GUGUUAUUUUUUUUUUGGUUUGUUGUAACGGUCCAAUUUUUUUUUUCGAAAGCCUACCUCUGUGUUAGGCUUCAGAACCUUGUGAGGUGUGGCUUUGUACCACAUUUAGUUUUUUUUUCUUUUUUUUUUUUGAAUUUGAUAACGGAACAUCUCCAUGUGCGUGACUUGAGCGCAUACGGUUAAAACUUUUCAACAAUCGAAAUCACAUCGGCAGACUGGACCCGGAGACAACGGGCUAUUCUUCAAGUCCAUUCGACGAUACGGGAGGAUUUUGGUGUGAAUGUUUUUGAGAAAAUUUCACUUAAAGUGUUUGAUUAUAAACAGUAUAUCCGACUUCGGUUCGAUUGUUAGAUUUAUAGAAGAGUUCCCGUUGAGGUAGCGAAAUGGCGACGAUAGAUGGUAGGCCGGCCCAGUACGGCAUCACUCUCCGACAGUUGCGGGAACUCAUGGAACAUCGUGGCAGAGAGGGUGUUGAGAAAAUUAAUGGUUUUGGAGGUGUCCAAGAAAUUUGUAAAAAAUUGUACACAUCACCUAGUGAAGGUUUAAGUGGAUCACAAGUGGACACAGACCAUAGAAGAGAAACAUUUGGUUCGAAUGUAAUUCCGCCAAAACCUCCGAAAACAUUCUUGCAAUUGGUGUGGGAAGCUUUACAGGAUAUAACGUUAAUCAUUCUGGAAGUAGCUGCAAUUGUUUCAUUAGGUCUGAGUUUUUAUAAACCCGCUGACGAAGAGGAAGAUUCAGAUGAUGGCCUGCAAUUUGACGACGAUGAAACAUCACACGGAUGGAUUGAAGGAUUGGCUAUUUUAAUAUCUGUUAUUGUUGUGGUUAUUGUAACGGCCUUUAACGAUUACACAAAAGAACGGCAAUUUCGUGGCUUACAGAAUCGUAUAGAAGGUGAACAUAAAUUUUCUGUUAUACGACAAGGUGAAGUUAAACAGAUAUCGGUUGGCGACAUUGUUGUCGGCGAUAUUUGUCAGAUCAAGUAUGGUGAUCUGUUACCAGCGGAUGGUAUACUCAUACAGAGUAACGACUUAAAGGUGGACGAAUCAUCGUUAACUGGUGAAUCUGAUCAUGUGAAAAAGGGUGAAGCAUUCGAUCCCAUGGUGUUAUCUGGCACCCAUGUAAUGGAAGGUUCUGGUAAAAUGUUGGUAGCGGCAGUAGGUGUUAACUCACAAGCAGGUAUUAUCUUUACAUUGCUUGGAGCUGCCGUCGAUCAACAACAAGAAGAAAUUAAGAAGAUGAAAAAAGAACAAAAAAAACAGCGAGGCAAGAAGAAAUCAUUGACAGGUGAAGAAGAUUCCCAAGUUACUGGUAACAGUCACAUGAACUCACCUGCACCAAUGUCGAAUAAACAUGCGCCAAUUAACACAGAAAUCGUCGAACAACAACCGGAUAAUCAUGUAGCCGAUCAACCACCCGCUCCAGAAGCACAUGGCAAAAAAGAGAAAUCUGUUUUACAAGCAAAAUUAACGAAAUUGGCUAUACAAAUUGGUUAUGCUGGUUCAACAAUUGCCGUUUUAACCGUUGUCAUUCUGGUUAUACAAUUUUGUGUGAAAACGUUCGUUAUUGAAGGAAAACAAUGGAAAACUACUUAUGUUACACAAUUGGUCAGACAUCUAAUUAUUGGUGUUACUGUACUUGUGGUCGCUGUUCCUGAAGGUCUUCCAUUGGCUGUCACUUUGUCUCUAGCUUACAGUGUUAAGAAAAUGAUGAAAGAUAAUAAUUUGGUCCGGCAUUUGGACGCUUGUGAAACAAUGGGUAACGCAACAUCAAUUUGUUCAGAUAAAACUGGUACUUUGACAACAAAUCGUAUGACAGUCGUACAAUCGUAUAUUUGUGAAAAAUUAUGUAAAACAAUGCCUAAAUUUUCCGACAUACCGUCAACUGUUGGAAAUUUCAUUAUUCAGGGUAUAGCAAUAAAUUCGGCGUACACGUCUCGAAUUAUGAUGCCUGAAGAGCCUUCAGAGCUUCCUAAACAAGUGGGAAAUAAAACCGAAUGUGCUUUACUGGGAUUUGUUCAAGGUAUGGGUAAAAAUUAUCAAACAAUUCGCGACGAUAUCCCAGAAGAAAUGUUUACACGGGUAUAUACAUUUAAUUCAGUACGAAAGUCUAUGAGUACAAUUAUUCCAACUCAGGGAGGAGGUUACAGACUUUUUACAAAAGGUGCUUCUGAAAUUGUUCUAAAAAAAUGUGCAUUUAUCUACGGACAUAAUGGUGAAUUAGAGAAAUUCACGCGUGACAUGCAAGAACGUUUAUUACAUCAAGUCAUUGAACCAAUGGCAUGCGACGGUUUACGUACAAUCAGUAUAGCUUAUCGUGAUUUUGUGCCUGGUAAAGCUGAAAUUAAUCAAGUUCAUAUUGAGCAAGAGCCCAAUUGGGAUGAUGAAGAGAAUAUUGUGAAUAAUUUGACAUGCUUAUGUGUGGUUGGUAUCGAGGAUCCUGUACGACCGGAAGUACCAGAAGCUAUACGACGAUGUCAGAAGGCUGGUAUCACUGUACGAAUGGUCACUGGUGAUAAUAUAAACACUGCCAGAUCAAUAGCCACCAAAUGUGGUAUAUUGAAACCUAAUGAAGAUUUUCUUAUACUUGAGGGCAAGGAAUUUAAUCGCCGAAUUCGUGAUAGUAAUGGCGAGGUUCAACAACAUUUGUUAGAUAAAGUAUGGCCAAAGUUACGAGUAUUAGCUCGAUCAUCCCCAACCGAUAAAUACACGUUGGUGAAAGGUAUUAUCGAUAGUAAAAUAAGUGAAAGUCGUGAAGUGGUUGCCGUAACUGGUGAUGGUACAAACGAUGGACCAGCGUUAAAGAAAGCGGAUGUUGGUUUUGCUAUGGGUAUUGCCGGUACCGAUGUUGCCAAAGAAGCCUCCGAUAUUAUCUUAACCGAUGAUAAUUUCAGUAGUAUCGUAAAAGCUGUGAUGUGGGGCCGUAACGUAUACGAUAGUAUUGCUAAAUUUUUACAAUUUCAACUUACAGUCAAUGUUGUCGCUGUAAUUGUUGCUUUUAUUGGUGCAUGCGCUGUACAAGACAGUCCAUUGAAAGCUGUACAAAUGUUAUGGGUGAAUUUAAUUAUGGACACGUUAGCAUCACUUGCGUUAGCUACAGAAUUACCAACACCAGAUUUAUUGUUACGGAAACCAUAUGGUCGUACAAAACCAUUGAUUUCACGGACAAUGAUGAAGAAUAUUUUGGGACAGGCUAUAUAUCAAUUAACUGUUAUAUUUGCCUUACUUUUUGUUGGUGAUAAACUUUUGGAUAUUGAAUCAGGACGAGGAGCCGAAUUUGGAUCUGGACCAACGCAACAUUUUACCGUUAUAUUCAAUUCAUUUGUAAUGAUGACACUCUUCAAUGAAUUCAAUGCAAGAAAAAUUCAUGGGCAACGUAACGUGUUCGAAGGAAUAUUUACGAAUCCUAUUUUCUAUACAAUUUGGAUUGGAACAUGUUUAUCACAAGUUGUAAUUAUUCAAUAUGGUAAAAUGGCAUUUUCAACAAAAAGUCUUACCUUAGAGCAAUGGCUUUGGUGCUUAUUUUUCGGAGUUGGAACAUUAUUAUGGGGUCAACUAGUCACAAGUGUGCCAACACGGAAAAUUCCAAAGAUUUUGUCAUGGGGACGAGGUCAUCCAGAGGAAUAUACAGAAGCAAUUAAUCUCGGUGAUGAGAAAUUCGAUGUCGAUUCUGAAAAGAAACCUCGGGCUGGACAAAUUCUUUGGAUUCGUGGUCUUACUCGACUCCAAACUCAGCUGCGAGUAAUAAAAGCAUUCAAGAGUACGCUGGAGGAUUUAGAGGAACGUCGUUCCAUACAUAGUUUACACAGUUUACGGAGUUCACGGAGUCACCAGGGCGGGCCAUGGCCACCCAGACCCCUAUCUGACAUCACAUAUAUUGACGAAGACACAACAAAUGCGAGUGGAACGCGAAAUACAUCGCAGAACGAUCAUCGACUCCUAUCACCAUAUUCUAUACAACCGAAUCCGAUUACAAAUAAUUCAAAUACUACAAACUUACCAUCCUCGACAGAUCCACCUAAAAUGCCUGUCCACGAAAUUCGUAUUUAAAACUUUCAAAAAAAAAAUUACGACUGGUUAUUUUUUUUAUAUAUAAAUUCAUCACAUUAUCCUCUAGCUUCCUUCGUUUCUUUUCCAACCGAACCUCCGCCCUCCUUAAUCUUGACCACACCAACCCAUGCCUUAUUACCUGACCUAAGAUAAGUAGAUAAUUAGCAGUUAUCACAGCUUAAAAGUUGCUCACAUAAAUUGUUGUUUUUAAAAAAAAAAGUACGAAUCACACAAUUGAAAUUUUCUAUUGUUUUUCUAACCUAAAUAAUUAUGGACUGUCAAUUUUUUAUCUUAUCAAUAAAUCAAUCGUGUGAUUGUGUACCUAAUUUCUAGGCUCUAGGUAUCUUAAGAUUUUUAAAUUACACAUUAAAAAAAAACAAACAUGCUUUUUAAGUAUGUUCUUCUUUCUCCUACAAAUUACUUUGUUAUCUUUUUUAUUGUUAAAACUGUUUUGAACUGUCUCAAAAUCUUCUCCACCUCUAUUAUAAUUUCUGUCAAUGUCUUUCACAACACGCUAAAGUAAAUUAAUUCUCGUUAGGAAAUGCUUUUUGGAUCCAAGCAAAUGGGCACGCGAUUUCAUACAUUUUUAUCUUAAUCUCGUAAAAGAACCGAGUCUAACCUAACCUAAAACACACGGUCGUAUUAACAGACUUGAAACAAAAAAUUGAAGUCAAUUUAGAGAAGGUAAAUAAUGACGCU